AUGGAAGCCCCAAUGCAUCUCACAGUGGGCUCCACUCGAACAAUUUCAACACCACCAACACCAUCGACAACAACAAUGUUCUCAGCAUCUCCUGCUUUUACCCCGACAUUGAGUCCACCAAUGACCCCAUACUCGCCUCCACUCUCCUCACCAGCAUCACCUUUCGGCGUGAGGGCCAGCUUGUGCAGAACCGUGUCCACCAUCUUCAAACCCGACAUGCAAUUCUCGGAGAAAGAAGUGGCCCGGGCCAAAGCUCUCAUGUCGGAGCACUGCACUAACAAGAGUCGAAAGUCCAAAGGAGAAUUCACCUACAAAGACGCCAAUGCGGUUCUCGCAAGUAUCGCCGAGGGAAAAGUUCCCGAUGCAACUCCAGCCCUUGUCUAUGCCUUGCAGACCGACUUCGAAGCCAAUGCUUCCAUCAAGCGACGGAAGAGUACCAACCUCUUCAAGGUCAUGACCGGCCGAGAUCAAGAAGAUAUUCGCAGUGAUGUUCUUGAGAGAGCCGUGCAGAAUUGCUCAUACGAGAUCGUCUAUGCACUCGCUCUGAAGGCGGACCAAGACGCGUUCGACAGAGCACUUCCGUUUGCCAUCACCCAGAAUGAUACGGCCAAAGUGUCUGUCUUGAUAUCCGGUGGUGCGAAUGCUGAGCCCCUGCAUGAGCAGUUUUUGCAUGCUGUGGACAACGGUACGAAUGACAUGCUUCCCCUCCUGCUGGGAAAGCUUAAAGGAGCGUGCGGAGACUGCCGGCACAAGGGGUUGGUGAGGGCUUCAGCAUCAGGCAACUACAAGAAGGUUCAGAAUUUGCUGGACGCACAGGCGGACCCGAAAUUUGAGAAUGCAGCUGCACUCAAAGCCGCGAUAUUGGGUCACCACGAAGAUAUUGCUGUCGCCAUUGCGUCUACACCCGAGAUGGCAUCUAUCCCCCUUGUCUUGGACGCCAUGGUGGGAGAAGCAUUCACCGCUGGUCUAGACCGGGCCCUGAUUGCUUGUCUACAGUCAGGGGCAAAAGGUCCUGUGAGAGAUGAAGUCUUGCUUGAAGCUGUCAAACAGAGGCGGUCGGUUGAGCUCAUCCAGUCGCUUGUUCAGCAUGGCUCAUCAAUCGAGCAUAAGAACGGGGCGGUGAUACAUGCUGCCAUUCAGAGCCGCUCUGUGCCGAUGCUCAAAGCCGUGCUGUAUGGAGGGCCGUCAAAGCUCGCCAUCUCUACAACAGUCGACUCGCUAGCUUCGGUAAGGUCGAUUUCAAUCAUCCACGAUAUGGCCAGCCUUUUGCUUCCUGCUGGGUUGGAGGGAGAGCCAGUCAACAGGUUGCUCACCAUAUCGCUCCACGGGGAUUCUCUUGAGGGCGACCCUACGUCACGGUCUUCAUUGGUGCAAUUGUUGGUACAAAGAGCCAAUGCAGAUGUCAACUUCAACGGAGGUCAGCCGCUUGUGCUCGCUUCGACAAAGGGGUGGCUGGGAAUUCUCUCCGUCCUGUUGUCUGGUCCAGUCACUCUACAGUCACUGCAGGCUGCUGUCGCUGCUUCUAUUGGCCUUGCAGAUAGUGAGGUACGCCUUGAGAUUGUCAAACGACUACUGCAUGCAGCUGGCUACAAUCGCCAACCUCUUGAGCAGUCGGUGUUCCAAGUUGCUUGUAGAAGCUUAGAUUUGUCACUCCUCAACCUUCUACCCCAUGCCAGUCAGUCACCAGAAGAAGUCUUGGCUGGAUUCCGCGCUGCUCUAGCAAAUCCUAAAUGGCAAAUGCCGGCUGGUCUCUCGACAAUCCGCGCACUACUUCAUCUUGGUGUUUCAGGGAGCGAUGUCAGACAAGCUUUCUGUCAUGCCGCCAAAAGCUACGAGCGGGAUGCUUUCGAGCUCUUCGCUGCCUAUGUCGAUAUUCGCACAGUCAUUGAUGCCUUGCAGGGUGUCAUCCAGACUUCCAAGGACUGGCUCGCUCCGGACGACAAAUAUCUUUGGCUUGUCCAUGAUCUGCUCACGUGGGGUGGCCGAGGGAGAGAGCAAGCCAACCACGCCUUUCUUAUUGCCAUUGAGGCAUAUCUGAUGCACCGUUGUUCAGAGGCUAUGGUUGAGACUAUUCUCAGUGUUGGACACGCCAAUGUCAACUUCCAGUCUGGAGAGGCUCUGAAGCUGGCAGUUAGGGCUGGAAACACUGAAGUCUUGAGGAUGCUUCUUGGCCGUGGGGCAACAGUGGACACGAUUGAGGGUGCUUUCUUCGAAGUCAUGAUUACCCCACUGACUGAAGAGACAGCACUUUUGUUCAUCGACAUUGUCACAUCAUCUGAUGGUUCUAAUGUUGUUCAGACGUUCAGAAAGACGAUACCCCAACUCCGCACGCCAGUCAGGGAGUGUCUGGCGGCCCAUCCUGGUUCCAUCAAACUUGUGAAGCGCUUGAUUAAGUUGGGCGUCAAAUUCGACGUGACAGAACCAACCGCCCUAUAUGGCAGCGACUAUGGUCCUGAGCCUUGUACCGCCCUUCUCUGGAGUUUACUACCUCGACCACCAGGAAGUCGCCCAAUUGAGCCAGGUGUCAUCCUAGCAUUGAUUGAAGCCAAAGUAGUCGAUGUGAACUUUGUGGCACCGGUUUCGAAGGCCACAGCGCUCAUUCUUGCCGCCGCCUUUGGGCAUGCUGAAGUUGUCAAUCACCUGAUUAAAGCCGGGGCAAACACCCGAAUACGGGACAGCUUGGACAGUUCGGCUUUGUUCUAUGCAUCCCGCGAAGGUCACCUUGACAUUGUCAAGGCUCUGCUGAAGAUGUCAUACAGGCCCAACGAUGGUAGCCUGCACGAAGCUGCAAGGAACCUCCACAGCAAGGUUUGCCGUGCCCUGAUAGCGACCAAGAACUUCUCUGUCAACUUUGCGUCUUUCCUUCACGGGGUUCGAACCCCCUUACAUGAAAUGGCAUGCUGCUGUGAUGGGAGUGGCAGUCAGGUGGACAUGGAGGACACUCUUCUCGAACUCAAGAAAGGUGGUUUGGACCUUUUCCAAUUUUGGAAGACACCGAAAUGGAAGAAUGCCCUGAUAUUGGCUCUGGAAAAUCCGCGACCGUUCGCAGUGAUCAAAGCUCUUCUUGACAUGGUCUGGGACGACAUCAACAACGACAACAACGUAUAUACCCUGCAAGAGCCAAGUCCGAAAACGGGAAGCAUGAUCACUUGUCAUUACUCACCAACUAUGUAUCUCAAAUUCCUCCAUCCAUCAAAUUCGGAUAAGGAAGCUGAGCUUAACUACGCCCUUGAGCAAAUGCUGAGAGAUAAGGGGGCUGAGGAUAGAUACUGGUCUGACGUCGCUGCUGAUCAGCCACUCGGCGCAAUCGGCUACCCUGAGGCACUUGCAAAAGAGAUCAAACGCCUUGAGAAGAUCCAGCGGGACCAUGAUGACCAGCUCCGUCGGGAUAAAGAAGCACAAUUCCAGAAGAUUUUCAUUGAGCAAACCCGCCACGAGCAGCGCCUGGUUCAAGAAGGACAAGCUACAGUUCACAAGGUCCAGAAUAGCAACAUCCUUCAUGAGAGCAAGUUGCAUCAAGACGCAGAAGUCACACUCCAGCAACUCCAAACAUUGGAAGAAAAGAACCACAUUGCUCACCGGGGCCGUGUGCUCGCCAACCAAGACAAAGCCGGACUUCUCGCGGUAGACAACAAUGGUCUCGCUCAGAAGCAUCACAUCAACGAGCGCCACCAGCAGGUGAUGGACAAUCAGAAAGUCCACCUCACACAGAUGCUGGACUAUCAGGCUUACCGCAAGACCCAAAUGAUGGAUCAGCAAAAGCUCCACCAGACACAGAUGACAGACCACCACAAGCUUGUCACUCAGGAGAGAGCCGACUACCAGAAAUUCAUCACCCAGCAGAGAACAGACUGGCAAAAGGGAGUCGACCAGCAGAAACUCCUCACUCACAAAACCAUGGAAAAGCAAAAGCUCAAGGCCACCGAGGCAAUCGAUAAGCACAAGGUUCACCAGCUCCACAAGAUGAACAAGGAAACCCGCGACAAUGUCAAGAAGACAGGCGAGCAGCAAGUCACGCUCAAGAAGUCGAUGGCCAAGCUCGAUGUGAAGGCGGACCAGCGAAAGUUGGACUUCCAGCGCAGCACAGACCAGAACAAGCUGAACUUCGCACAUGCCAGCAAUCAGCAAAAGGUGGAUUAUCAAUGGGAUGCCCAUGACGAGGAAUUGAAUUUCGAGCAGAACAAGGCAGGGAUGAGGCUAUUGGAACAGGAGAUGUCAAAGCGGAUUAGUGGACCAGCGGCUCCGGGGCAAAGGAAGGUCGUGAAGGGAAACCAGCAAGGACCGAGGGGAUUCAUUGAACAGUAG